UGUGUGUGUGUGUGUGUGUGUGUGUGUGUGUGUGUGUGUGUGUGUGUGUGUGUGUGUGUGUGUUGAGGCAGGUCUGGGCAGAGUCGGCAUGUCUGUGUGACUGUGGGGUUUGAUGGUUUGGUGGAUUUAGAAGCCCCAAAGCACACACUCAUCGCUGACUCUCACCAUCAUCGUUCUCAUCAGACAUUAUCCACGGGCAACACUCAGGGGGAAAGCAGGCAUGGAGUCAGGGUCUGAAAGAAAUGCUGUACUGGAUUCUGAACCCAGGGUGAAGGCUGGUCUGGAGUCAGGGUCUGAAAUAAAUGCUGGACUGGAUUCUGCACCCAGGGGGAAAGCAGGACUGGAAUCUGGUGAGAACUGGAUUCCAGAAGAUGUGGCCCAAUGGCUGGAUCACAUUGGAGUGUCUAACGAGCCCGAGCCCGACGGAGGUCUCUCUGUGUACCAUAGUUUCCCAGGAGUCUUUGCACUGGAGGACGUCGUUCAGUGCCCCCCAGAAACAGUCCCCUUCACCAUCAACAAUGACACCACCUCAAUGACCACUCAUCCACCGUUACUGUCCAUCCUUCUCACCCGUCGCACCUCCACACCUGCCAGGGAACCAGGUGAUGCAGCCUUGACAUUUGUGUCCCACCCCUGUGUGAGCGCCAUGCGAGGAGAGGAGGACGAGGGCGGGAAGCUUCUCACAAGCACCAUGCAAGAACAAACCAGCUACGGAGGAGGAGAGGGAGGAUGGGGGCCUCAGAGUGACAACCUGAACCCCAUGCAGCCCUCGCAGGUGGCCUCCCCACCCCUGCUGCAGCAACCGCCCAGCGGUGCCCCCACCUCAGACAGCCAACUACCACCUUACCCCCUUACCUUCCCUCACCGCCCAUUAGCUCACCCCCAGUUGCGCUGGGCUCGGCAGGAGCCUCAGGGGCAGGAGCAGCAGGCUGACGGUAGCUCCCUGGAGAAACAUGGACCUCCCCAGCCCCCUCUCCCUCACCCCCCCCAACCCUCCCUCCAGCCCAGUUUAGAGGAGCUGCCUAGCUAUGAGCAGGCCAAGGCCCAGACCCAGGGACAACACCACUACCAGGACCAGCUGUAUUAUACACUGGAGGACCACGAGAGCCUGCCUAGCCCCUCUCACACCCCAGACAGCCAGCCCUCAGCCUGGACCAGCUUAGCUCCUAACAGCCCCUCUGAGACCUCGAGCCCUGACACCAACACUGACCCCUCUCCUUUCCCCAGCCCCAGCCCACCCCUGGGCCCUCAGCAAGGCUUUAUGAGUGAUGGGGAUGAGGCUGAGGGUUUGUCUAUCUGGGGUGGAGGGGCCAAUGGAGACUCUACUCUGAGGCAACUGAAGCAGGGUCAUGUGUAUUCUCUCAGCCAGAGGAUCCUCCAAAUCAGCGUUGAGGCCAAUGGAACUAGUAAUCUCCCCUCUAGCAACCCCUCCCUCAGUUACCCCCCACCCCUAAACAUAACCCCACUCACAGGAUCAGUAGACUCCCGCGGACCCCCACCAGAUUACCCCUUCAAGCCCACCCACCCGCCCUUCUGCUCCCCCUCAGGGAAACCCCAGCCCCCCUCCUCUUAUUCUGAGCUAGGCCCUCCCUUCAUUGACCCCCCCUCUUCCACAAUAAUGGACUGGUCCACAGCCCAGCCAACCAGAGCUGAGAGCAACCCCCCACCUGAGUACCAGAGCAGGCGGCACCACCCCGGGACCCUAGGGGUCCCUCAGUACAGUACCACCACAGUCCCACACCCUCCCAGACCCAUACCUCCACCCUUCUCCCCAACAUCCAGGCCCAAACUUCUACCCUUGUCUCUCAGCUCCAACCACAGCCUCAACAACCUUCCCCAGGCCCCUCCGGUGUGGAGGUGGUCAUGGCAGCCAAGGUGCCAGAUGGUCCAGCUGCUGUGUGAGGAGAACCAGACUCUGAGACACGAGCUGCUGACACACAGAGAAAAGGCCUCCAAACUGCACUGGUUAGAGGAGGAGCUCCAGAGGAUCUCUGAAGAGUAUGAUUGGCUGAUGAAGAGCUCCUCAAAGAGGGAGGGGCUGGACCGAACAAUGAGAUGCAAACUGGAGGGGGAGAUAAGACGCCUGACUGUCUUCAACAGAGACCUGAGAGAUCGCCUGGAGACUGCCAAUCAACAGCUAGCGUGCUGUGAGCCAGAAGGAGAGGAGGAUGGACAUGCUGCUGAACUUAGGGAUGGACUGAUAGAGAAAGAACGUUUGGAGGAAGAGGUGGAGAAGCAGCAGCGGAGGGCAGAGAGACUGGAGUCAGCUCUGAGCAGCGCCCAGCAGAGAGCACUACACUUAGAGGAAGAGCUGCGUGUGAAGUGUGUGUAUGCGGCACGUGUGGAAGGGUUGCAGCAUGCUGUGGUGCAGUUGCAGACGGCCUGUGAGAAGAGAGAGCAGCUUGAGAGACGCCUGCGCACACGGCUGGAGAGAGAGCUACACACACUGCGCACGCAACAGAGAGUGUGUGGGGGUGUGCUUGGGACCACUGGGCCAUGUGGGGGUGGGGGUGUAGGGGAGGGCAGUGCCCCUGCUCUGAGGGAGCUGCUGAGGCAGAGGGAGGAGAGGGUUCUGGCUCUAGAGGCUGACUCUACCCGUUGGGAACAGAAGUACCUGCAGGAGAACGCCAUGAGACACUUUAACAUGGAGACUGCUGCUACAGCCAACACACACAGGUACACACACCUCCCAACAGGUCACUCAUGCACACAGGUACACACACAUCCCAACAGGUCACUCAUGCACACAGGUACACACACACACAUCCCAACAGGUCACUCAUGCACACAGGUACACACACCUCCCAACAGGUCACUCAUGCACACAGGUAGAGAUGGCGUUGCAGUGGACAGAAGCUGUUUUCCACGGGCUCCUGACCAAUUCCGCUGUUUUUUUUUAUUUAUACUGAUCUCAACAUUUUUUGUACUUAAUAUCUCUGCCAUAAUUUCCUAUGACCGAAAACAGCUUCUUGAGAUCAGAACAGCGAUCACUAACCUCGAUUUGGAUGACAAUUUCAACUUCAAGGAAUCGGCAGCUUUGGACGUGCUGCUUCCUCCGGACCAGGCCCUAAUUCCCGGGAUUCAAAAGAGGCAGGCAAACCGGCAUCCUGACGAGUACCAAGGUUGUGUGUGUGUCUGUAGGGACCCCUUGGUGGUGCACUCUCACAGUGGUAGCUACAGUGAGAUGGCGGGCUGCACACUGUGUCAGGAGGAUGAUGUACAGCAGGCUACCAGACGCUGCAAUGACAUGGAGCACAGGAUAAGGAACCUGUACGCCCAGCUGAUAGAGAAGGAUGCGUUGAUAAAGGUUUUACAGCAACGGAACUCUCGCGGUGACCUCAGCGCCCUCCGCCCUGCCCGCUCCACCCCCUCCAUCUCCUUAGCAACAGGACUGCACCCACGACAAGCUUCCCAGACAGACGAGAGGAAAGAGAGAAACCUCCUCCCUUCCCUCCCCCUCCUCUCUUCCCCACCUUCCUCUUUAUCUACCACCUCCUCCCUCCCUUCCACCCUGCCUUUCUCCUCCACCCUCCCCUACUCCACUACACCAUCUUAUUCAUCCACCCUGCCUUUCUCCUCCACCCUGCCUCUCUCUUCCUCCCUCCAAUUCUCUAUCCUCCCCCUCUCCUCCUCCCUCCCCUCCACUCCUCUCCUAUCCUCCCAUUCUAAGACGGGUAGUAGAGACAGCAGCACUCAGACUGACAAAGGUUCAGAGUCCCUCAAAGUCCUGCCCCUCCCCAGCAGAGCCUGGCUGGGAUUGGUCAGGACCCAGAGGACAGAUACAACUAGAACCCAUCCCCCACACCACCCAGGCACAGACUUAGUGGAGAUCCUCAUCUAAUGGACACGGUGGGGUCUUGUGAAGCUACUGCUGAACAACUGAGGAUGAAACAAACUUAAGUAGUGAUGGCUGACUGAUAGACUGGAAACUCAUUGAGAGAGAGAGAGAGAGAGAGAGAGAGAGAGAGAGAGAGAGAGAGAGAGAGAGAGAGAGAGAGAGAGAGAGAGAGAGAGAGAGAGAGAGAGAGAGAGAGAGAGAGAGAGAGAAAACUGUGCCUUUAGUCUGGUAAAGUUAUUUUCAAGUUGGUGUGUAUGUGUUUUUCAUCAGUUAAAUGCAUUUCAGAGUCAAGUUUACUUUGUUGGAAAUCAUGCAUUUUUGUACAAAUGAAAGUGUACAGAAAGAUUAGAUUUGUAAAACUUUUAUUUCUGCUGAGAGUUAAUAUUGAUUUUGUCCACAAAGACAUUUCAAACUUCUUUGAUUUUUAAAUGGAUUUUACUGUGCUGCGUGACAAUUAAUAUAAACAUGUACUUUGUCUCCC